CUGAACUGGGCUGAACUGGGCUGAACUGGGAAAGGCUCUUAGGGCCUCCGGAAGUGAACUGGGCUGAACUGGGAGUGCCUGGGCCAAACUGGGCCGAACUGGGCCGAACUGGGCUGAACUGGGAGGAACUGGGAAAGCCUCCGGAAGUGAACUGGGCUGAACUGGGAGUGCCUGGGCCAAACUGGGCCGAACUGGGCCGAACUGGGCUGAACUGGGCUGAACUGGGCGGGGUCGCCGGACCGGCCGGGGCGGCUCCGCGGGGAUUUAAAGCGGCGGCGCCUUCCUCACCCUCCUCCUCCUCCUCCCCAUGGAGCGCCUGCUGCCCCUGCUGCUGCUGGCCACUGCGGCCGCCGCCGAGGACGAGAACCGCAUCGUGGGCGGGGCCAAGUGCAAGCAGAAGCUCCACCCCCACCAGGUGCUGCUGCUGCAGCCGGGGGGCGGAGUCCACUGCGGGGGCGUCCUGAUUGGCCGCAGCUGGGUGCUGACCGCCGCCCACUGCCAGAGCGACAGCUGGGUGCUGACCGCCGCCCACUGCCAGAGCGACAGACCUGUCCCCUCACCUGUCCCCUCACCUGUCGGGCCCCCAGGUGCGUUCCCGGACGUGCUGCAGUGCGGCAUUGUGUACACCUGGUCCAACGCCGCCUGCGCUCACCUGUACCCCGGCGCCAUCACUCCCAACAUGCUUUGCGCCGGCGGCCGCGAGGGCGACGACACCGACUCCUGCCAGACAUCCAGGAACACCUGA